GGCAGUAUCGUUCAACAAGUCGGGCCGCCUAUGGGAGGCGCCUAUAUAAGCCAGGGCGCAUUCAAAGCUCGCAGUUAGUGACGCGUUGAGCUUAGCCACGUUUGUAUUGACAACGCCGAACAAGAUGAUAUCCACAUCCGUGAUCAUCAUGCUGAUGUUUGGAGCCGCUGUCUGCAUGCCAGAGACAGCUGGUGAUCAUGAACAUCAAGAUGUCCACGACAAUUUGGCGUUGGAGAAACGGUCGCCACACUAUAACUUCGGCCUCGGAAAACGGGCGUACAGUUACGUCUCGGAAUACAAACGGCUGCCUGUGUACAAUUUCGGAUUAGGAAAACGAUCACGCCCGUACUCAUUCGGUCUCGGCAAACGUUCAGUAGAAGACGAUCAGAGCGAUGAAGAGUUCCCAAUGGACAUUGACCAACCUACCUUGACCGAUAUCUUUGAACAGUAUGACGAAAUGCCAGUAUACGACGCAAAGAGAGCUCGCCCGUACAGUUUCGGUCUGGGCAAACGGCUAUCCGAAAAUACUGAUGACGUGGACGAGAAACGCACCCGCAUGUACGACUUCGGGCUCGGGAAACGACCUCAGUUGUACAGCUUCGGUUUGGGAAAACGAGCCAGGAACUACAAUUUCGGUCUCGGUAAACGUUACAGCGGCAAAUUCAACUUCGGCCUUGGAAAGCGGGAGAGGGAUCUUCACAGGUUUAGCUUCGGUCUCGGCAAAAGAUCCGCGGAUUCCGUCGACGACGCCGACAAUUACAUGGACGUUUAGAUUUAUAACGAUAUUUGGAUGGAAACUUGUGUGGAAUCUGAGCUGAAUAUACCGUUACAAACAAA